UCCAUUUUGUUUCCAGUUUCCACUUUUCCCAACUCGAUUUCAAGUUCACUACGAGACGAGUACAUUCUGACUUAACGCGCGAGAUUUUUUGUUGUCAUACAAGAUCGUGAGUGAAAGGAAUUAAGACAUUAUGAUUAUUGUGUGAAAAAUCCUUGCUAGUUCAGGAUUCCGGGAUCCUUUUUUAUUGUUUUAUAUUGAUCAAACGUACUUAGUGCCUCCGAAAAUGGUGCAAGAAUACGUGUCUCCCGUUAGGGUCCACAAGUAUCCCUUCGAAAUGGUGAUGGCCGCGUACGAGAGGCGGUUCCCGAACUGUCCUCAGAUACCUGUGGUCCUGGACUGCUCCAUCACGGAAGACAGCUGGUCUUCGGACGACUCCCAGAGGGACACGACACGACGGUGCCAGCUUAAUGUUGAAGCUCCGUAUCUUUUGAAGAAGAUGAUUGGUGUUGACUACGUGUACUUCAUCCAGAAGAAUCAUCUGGAUUUGAAGAGCAGGUUCCUAGAAAUCGAAGCGACUAACGAGACGUUCGCCACUAGGGUCGGUGUGGUCGAGAAAUGUAAAUAUUAUGUGCACCCUGAGAAUUCAGACUGGACGUGCUUCGAGCUGAGUGCCCUGCUCGACGUGAAGAACUUCUUCGGAUUGGAGAGCACCGUGGAGAAGAUCGCGAUGAAACAAUACGCCGCUAAUAUCGCUAAGGGCAAAGAGCUGAUCGAGUCCUUCAUGAUGGAAGUCCACGCUGACGGUAUCAAAGAGCUCACGCCCUGGACCGCCGGUGACCCUCACAACAACAGGGAACUCCGAAGGAUCGUCUCCAGAGGAACUGAACCGCUGUCACCGCGACCUUUGGCCGAAACUCGACAGCAAUCGAUACCAGGUAUGUGGUCUCUCAUCGUUUUUAUUACCUUACAGUAUAGCUAG